AACCAGGGCCCGGCAGAAUGGCUCCCGUGAAGAAGGGUGGCGAGAAGAAGAAGGGCCGUUCUGCCAUCAACGAGGUAGUGACCAGAGAAUACACCAUCAACAUUCACAAGCGUAUCCAUGGAGUUGGUUUCAAGAAGCCCGCCCCUCGGGCGCUCAAAGAGAUCCGGAAAUUUGCCAUGAAGGAGAUGGGAACUCCAGAUGUGCGCAUUGACACCAGGCUCAACAAAGCCAUCUGGGCCAAAGGAAUAAGGAAUGUUCCAUACCAUAUCCGUGUGCGGUUGUCCAGAAAACGUAACGAGGAUGAAGAGUCACCAAACGAGCUCUACACACUGGUUACCUAUGCACCUGUCACCACUUUUAAAAAUCUACGGACAGUUAAUGUGGACGAGAACUAAUUGCUGAUGGCCAAAUAAAGGUAUAAAAC